AGAAGAAGAAGUGCGCGACGUUCUUACUCACACUUGAGUUUCAUUUACACUUGUCUCUCGAGUCAACACCAACCUUUUGGUCCUAUUUUUUAAUCAACUAUGGCAGAAGAACUUAAUUACGUGACAGUCAAGUUCAACUCCAACCACUCGCCAAGCGAAGGUGUUAUCUAUGAAGACGUGAGGAGCGAGCAGGUCACGUGGACCCCAGAGAAGCAGGGUGAGGUGGAGGACAUCUACGAUGACGUGAGGAACAAGGAGUCGCCAGCCGACAUGCCGCACAUCUUACAAGGAAAUGUGUCGAAAGUGUUGAAAUCCCGCACGCCCCACACCCUGGCGACGGCCGCUCUGGGCGUCCUUUGCGUGCUCCUCAUGUCCGUCGUCGUGGCGCUCACCCUGCACGUGAACAGCUCGGUGGCCGAGCGGCGGUCCGAUAGCGCCAACUUGACGGCGCAGAACCUGACGGCGCUGGAGCUGGGGGAGCUACGGCGGACGCUCGCCGCCGAGCGGGAACAGCUCAACCGGACGCUGGAGGCAGUCUUCCGCCUGAAGGUCUUCCACGUGGCCAGCCACUGCCCGCAGAAAGUAUUAAGCCUGUGUAAGCCGUGCCCGCUAGGCUGGCUGCUCUUCCGCUCCAAGUGUUACCUCUUCCUGCAUUUGCCCUAUCACGCCCACUGGAAGACGCAGGAGGAAAGCGCGAAUGAUUGCUGCCGCAGGAACGCCAGGCUGCUGACCAUCCAAAGCCAGGAAGAACAGGAAUUCGUCACAAACGAGACGAUGUACUACAACGACGACAAGCACGGCUACUGGAUGGGUCUGACAAAGGACAUCAUCACGGACAAGUGGGAGUGGAGCGACGGACGCGCCCUCAAUCAGACCUUCUGGAGAGAUGAAACCUACUACUACCGCAGCAACCGUUGCGCUUUGACUUCGAAGAAAAAAACGUCGACGUCGCUGCACAACUGGAGCAGAGCCGACUGCUCAAUGAAGAACAGAUACAUCUGCCAAACAGAGGCGUUCCUCGUUUCGGAACUCGGCUAACGAGAGGUCGCCGCCAUCGACGGUGACAGACGUCCAUUUUAUUUGAACCGGGAAGGGCUGGCGGAGAACGUCACGAUAAAAAACGGACACAGGGCCGUCCACUUUUGGGCGCACUUGGACCGAUUCACACCGGUGCAACUUUGAAAUUUGAUAUUUAUUAUUUUUAUCCAGUUCAAAUGUUUUUUCGGAUAAAAAAAAAAAAAUCUGAAAACACCGGGGGGAAAAAACUUGCAUAAAGUUUUUAACGAAGACAUACGGAGCCACCAAAAUUUGACAAUAACAUUCCUGUUUAUUUCAGGAGGGGGAAGGGGAGGGGGGUAUCAACAGGAAGUGACUAAAAAGGCCCCAAAAUGUGCAGGAAGUGACUCGGAAAUGCCGUAAAAUCAACAGGAAAUGAUCCAAAAUAUGCAGGAAAAGACCCAAAAUUGCACCAAAAUGUGCAGAAAGUGACUUGGAAAAGUUCCAAAAUCUACAGAGUGUGAUUAAUUCACAGGAAAGUUACCCGGAAAUGCCCCAAAAUGAUGAUUUAUGGUGAUUUUGGGUUUACUUCCCAAACAUUUUGGAUUGUUUCUUGUUGAUUUUAGAGGUUACGUACUUUUGAUUUUGGGGGCAUUUCCAGGUCACUUCCUGCAGAUUUUGGUGGCAUUCUUUGACAUACUUUGAGAGAGCGCGAGAACGAAAAGUUUUAUUUCACAUAUGGCAAAAUGGCUGCACACAGCAGUUUUU